CCUUGCUGUGGGUUGUCUGUGGUGUUUUGACUGUGCAACAAAGCAAAAGUUCUAUCGCAAAAAUGCCUAUCCUUGAGAUCCAAACCAAUGUUCCAGCAGCUAAUGUACCAGAUAACUUUCUGAAGGAGUCCACAACACUGCUGGCGGGUCUCCUUGGCAAGCCAGAGUCGUAUGCACUGGUUUGCAUUGAACCUGGCCUGAGACUGAUGUUUGGUGGAACAACAGAACCUGCAGCAAUUGUAAACCUUACCAACAUAGGCCAACAUGACCCCGCUACCACCAAACACAGAAGCAAGGUGAUAUCUAACCACAUACAGAAAACACUUGGAGUGCCGGCAGAUAGGAUGUACAUCAUCUUUCAUGACAAGCAAAGAUUUGAAGUGGGCUACAAUGGAGCAACCUUCCAUUAACUAGCUACAGCAAGAGUUACUGGACUGGAGGAUUGUGAAGAUGAAGACAAUCCAUAAAA